AGCCCAGGCCGUCCCAUUCAAGCUUCGAUUUCAAAGGCUCUUCCAACGAACGACUCGUCGUGCAUGCGUGCCCGUCUUGCUUCCCAGGCGCGUCACGUGA